CAUACGAUGACGAUGAUUUUGCUAGGGCCCAAUUCCCAUUUCGGUGACACUACAUGAUCAUUAUUAUUAGUUUAGUGUUCAAAGGUUGAUUACACUCCUGCCUGCAUUGUUACUUAGAGAGGUAGGGGCAAGGUUUCAUGAUAUCGAGUUUUCGCGCUAUAACUCGUGUUGUAUGGCUCAUGUUGCAGCACACACUGCCGCGGUAAGUUUGACUUUUAGUCUCGUGACAUUAGAUAAUACGGUAAGGUAGAGACGAACUUUGAUUUGAAAUUACUGACUGAUUGAUUGGUUAGAUCAAUACGUUUAGUUGUACAGUUUCGGUUAGCUGCUAAUUGAGCUGAGAAUAUACACGCAUGUCAUCGGGAGAUUUACUCAAACGGCGAAUAGACAUCACGACAACCCUUGUAUAUAUCCGUGUGGUUGCCUGCGGCGACCAGGUUGCCCAUUCUCGUAGUAUUACGGUAUCGUCAGCUAGUUUAAUAAUGAUCCCAAUCUCCCACUUUUGAGGGGGCCGCAAUAGAAAUCCUUGAGGAGAUGGCACAAAUUUUCCUCAAGCUUUGGGGAAAACUACCAAGUUUCUUACGACUCUGAUGAGAACCCCAAAAUAGGAAGAUUGGGGUAUGUCUAAUUAGAACCUGAACUAUUGACAGAGGCGGUUGUAUGAUAAUCAUAUUCAGUACCUGUGUACAGGUGAGCGUAUACCCAUUGUUUCACAUAGAGUUAAUCGUUUUUGUCUUAUCAAGGUAGAAAUACAAUAGAUCCUGUUUUCCAACAUAUACGACCUAUCCUUCUUGUUGAUCAUCAUUAGGGUUCUUGUUAUCUAUGUAGUAAAAAUUGUUACGCGCACUCAAUUUCUAAAUAAGAUUGGGUGUUAUUUAAGCUUGCUCUUUUGCAUAAAGCAGGGUUUUUCUGAGUAAAUAAGGUUAAUCUAGUGAGUAAAUUAUCAAACUUGUAUGUUUGACUAAAAACCUGGAGUAACAGUUGUGGUUUGGAGAUUAUUGAUCGCCGCUUACCCUUCAAGAUAAUUGCUUAUCAACAUUUACCGAAACACUUCACUGGCUUAAUGGGAAGACAGCUUCGUGGUAAAAACCCAUGUUAGCUGCGCUGAUUUUAUUCUGAAGAAUUUUUGCAGAUACCCUUUUAAAGCUGUAUAAGAAAUUUGCUUUUUCUCAACUAGUCAUAACAGUUAUAUGUUCAAAAUCUGCCUUAGUAAAUUCUUAACCUGAUUUUCCGUAGAUCAUCUGUAUUAGUUGGGCAACAUUUGUGAGCCUGAACUCGUACUUUUAAGUGUCACUUUAAACUGAACGAAUGAUUACAAAAGUAUCACCAACAUCGCAGCUUAUCUGUACGGUGACAUCUCCAGAUACGUCAGUCAGUCAGCAACAACGUAGGACUUUGUACGUAUGUAUAUCAGUUCAAGUUGCCAUGCUACAGCAGUGAUACAAUUUUAUAUUCAAAUCCCAUAGUGGUAGAUGUAGUAAAAGUAUAAGCAGUAAUCGGAAAGAUGAAGGUUUGAAGAUGUUAUUUAAGGAGUAUAAUCUAGUGAAAUAAAUUUGGAAAGAGGAAAAAAGGACAUGAAGAAAUCAGGAGAUUAGAAUUUGGGAGAACACAAAGAGAAGAUGCACCUGCGCCAUUGCAAACGAUUUUGAACCAUGUCAUUCAAGGUCUGUAACCAUCUGUUGCUAUCAUCUCACGGAUCCCAACCGGGUAGUCUACACCUACCAACAUGGUUCAGUCUACUUGUCAGUGACUUCAUGGAUUUGUGCCAUAUUUUGGUCCGGUCUCCCAUAGCUUUCUUCCAACCGUAGCUGCUACCUUGACGUGGUGGUCGGGCUCACCUAUGGUGAUGACCCAACCGAGCCAUGUUGGCUGUAGGUUCGACCAUGUCAGGCUAGUCGACUGGAGAGCGGUAAGACUAAAAGUAGCAACUCAAGGUCUGAGGGCGGAGUACUGUUGACAGUAGAGAGAUGUGACAGCAGUAAGUGUUUCCCUCGGACAACCAGCAUCUGCAGCGAUGCUGCUUUGUCAAAAAGAAGGAAAAGAUUAGAAAAGGUAGACCCUAAAAAUGUCACACUUCGCGGAUUUUCGUCUCCGGCGGUAAGGCUUUUUGAAAAACGGAGCUAUCACGUUAAGAACUUCCCACAAAGGCUGUGCGUGACUGGCCUCAAGCAGUUGUCCCUUGGGCUGUACAGUCACGCUCCCAGGUCGUUAAGACCAACGCUAACCCAUCUUUGGAUAGUGAUUUUCCUUAACGUUUGUAUUCGUUACAGGUUGCAAAGCCUUAGAAUGACUUUCUCCAGACAAAUGUAUUCGAUUAACCUAUUACGGACAGGUUGGCUGCAUUAUUAUGUUAGCAAUCGGUACUCAGUAGUUCCAGUCACUGGAUUAUCCGAAGCAUCAGUAGCUAGUGACCAGGAAUCUGAAACUAAUUCCAACAAACUUAAAUCCCUCAAUUUCUCCGUGAAUUCAGUUACGUUACUCGGGACUGUCAUCGGAAUAAAAACAUUCCCAAUGCAAAAAACUCCAGAUCGCAACUGGACUCUGAUAUUUUUGAAAACCCAAUCACCCAGAUAUAUAAAUGCUGAAAAUAAAUAUUUAACGGAGACUUCUGAUGCGGAUGAAUAUGAUUUGAAAUUUAAAAUGGCAUGGUACAGUACAUCGAAUAGAGUCCAUGUUUUCAGUCCUAAAUUGGUCUGCGCCCUUAGAGAUGUUAAACUUGGUGAACGUUUACUAGUCACUGGAUUUCUUUCUUAUUAUCAAUCACCUAAACCUGAUGGAACGACUCAAAGAAACUGCUGCGUCACGGCUCAGCGCAUCGCUCAUAUGGGUUGGUCUAGUGAUUAUCAACCCAGUGAGAACCUGGCGGAAGUUUUUGAAACAUAAAUUCUAGAAGAUUUAUCACUAUGUGUCUCACAACAUAUAUAUUUUAUCUUCCCAUUAAUGCCAUCACAUCCAUCCAGCAAUCAAAAACUAAACGGUUAAUAGAAUAUUCAACGAAGUAAAUACAUUCACAGUUCAUAAGAUGGGAUUGUGUCCUUAAUCGAUUGUCUAUUGUUCAAAAAAUAACAUUUAAUAUAUACCUAUUUCGUUCUAUAUCUUGGAUAUGCAAAUAUUUUAUUGAAAUAAACAACGAAACUGAUUUUUUCCUGUAUGUCACUCGAUUAAGGAUAGAUUGUCUUUUGAAACUUCGUAGUAAUUGUUAGUGCCGUAAUUAGCUGUAUUUUUAUCACUAAUACUUACAUUUUAACUGAAAGGUCGAGUAUUUCAAAUUCGUCUGGAGCGAGUUUUACAAAAUACUGUUUGAAAAUAUAAAUCUAUGCUAGAUCCAGAGAUAUGCUACUGGUUUACCGCAAAAUGUAAUCAACUUCAUGGUACAUUGUUAACUGAUGAGUAAAUUCACCUGAAGCUUACAGAAUAAACUUGAGGUACUUGUGAGUUCAUCAUGUAUUUCGAAAUGACGGAAAUGUCAAUAAACAAAUAACUACAGCACAGUGCUGGGACACUGCCUGGGUGUCCAAACCGAAGCACGUGGUUUUCUUAGGGAAUACACCCGGAGGUUUCAACCUAAAGGCCUGAUCCAAAAGGUAAUGGAGUAACGUUAUUUAUUUAUUUGAACACAUAAAUAUUGGUACAAGACGGCACCAAAUAUAUAUGCACCACACAAAACAAUGAAAAUUAGAACAAAAAAAAAAGAAGGUAAGGAGCGUAAAAACAAAAGAACUAUGACGAACAGACUAGUGUAAGGUAGUAUAAUAAUAAUAGUAAUAAUGGGGGAAAAGGAAAGGUACAAUGAGAAAAACUCUUUCGGUUAAGGAAGAAACAACCACUUUUUAUGAAAAAAGUAACAGAAGGUUACAGCAGAAUCGACACUGGCUUCUAUUCUCAGCCAUAUUUGAUAACGUCUCUAGCCACUGUGUUGCACCAUCUCUAUUACUCAAGCCAAAGAGUCGUGAAGGACCGACAGAAGCCAGUCUUUUGCAGCUUUUUUCAUACUACGACACCAUUUCAUACACUGACCAUCUCUCCGCUUCUUCCAACCAGUCCCGGUGUCCGCAAAUAAUGCACGAUGUGGAAUUCUCUGGAACGACAUUCGGAGAACAUGUCCAAGCCACCGAAGUCGAUGUUUCAAGAUGGUAACACCAAUUGCAUUAUCGUUUCUGUUCCCGAACACACGAUGCCGAACCUCUGCAUUACUGACAUGGUGUUGCCACUGAAUGUCAGCAAUCCUUCGGAGACAGCGAUGAUCGAACACAGAGAGUCGUCUAACGUCCUUAACUCGGAGAGACCAGGUUUCACAAGCAUAGAGCAAAACUGCUCUCACCGACGUGUUGUAGAUCCGACCUUUUACAACCAGACUAACAUCACUAAGGCGCCAGAGAUGACCCAGAUUGGCAUAAGCCGCUCUGGCUUUCACUAUACGUGAAUUAGUCUCAUCACUCACACCCCCACCAGCACUUAUGCAGCUACCUAGAUACACGAACUUCUCGACUACUUCUAUCAGCUCACCAUCCAGGGUGAGUACAGGAUUAGAAUCCUGCCAGUCUUGUAGAAGUACUUUGCACUUCGAAGGUGCAAAGCACAUACCGUACCUACGGACACUGAUUGCCAACUGAUUAAGUGCGGAUUACAUGACUUGGGCAUUAUCUCACAGUAAGACAAUAUCGUCCGCAUACUCAAGGUCGAGAAGUCUUUCUCCAGGCAACAGAUCCACACCGCCAUUACUUACAUCCAUCAGCGUUGUUUCCAGAAUGUCAUCGAUGGCAAAGUUGAAGAGGACUGGCGAGAUUGGGCAACCGUGCCUAACCCCACUGCUCGAAUGGAACAAUGGAGAGAGGUGGUUGUAUGCCCUCACUCUGCCUGAAGUGUUUGUAUAUAGGGCUUUUAGGAUGUUAAUAAACUUCUCAGGCACACCCUUCUUCAAUAGACAAUCCCAGAGAACAGUCCUGUCCAACGAAUCGAAGGCAGCCCUGAUGUCAAGAAACACUACGAUUGUUGGCUUUUGAUAAGCAUGACGGUGAAGAUAUGAUGAAUACAUCCUCGACCGGAACGAAAACCAGCCUGCUCCUUGCGAGUCAAUCUUUCUCGGGUUUUGAACAACCUACGAAGUAUGACAGAAGCCAAUAGCUUGGACGCAAUUGGAAGUAGACUUAUCCUCCGAUAGUUGUUACAGGAACGACGUGAACCCUUUUUAAAGAUAGGGACAACUAUCGACUCAUUCUAUGACGUUGGUGGACCAGUCGUCACCGGCCAUGGAGGGCAAGACAGUCUGACCGAUGUUGCCAGAGCAGCAGGCCAGUUGAACUGCCCUUCGAAGAAUUCUGCCUAUCGUCCAAGACGUCGAUGGAUGUUAGUGAUUGGCAUCCCGUCAUCCUCAUAGACUGUUUCGCUCACAC